GGGGCGGGCGGGGCCGGCCGAGCUGCUGGGCCGUGCAGGGCGCAGAGCCGGCGAAACGCUGCUGAGACUCGGCUCUGCGCGCCCAGGAGCGGCUGAUGCUCCCCGCGCUCCCCACUCUGCUACAGCAGCCGGGCCGCAUCUGGACUGCGUGCUCCGCGGCGGGGCCGACACCAGGCCACAAUGCUGCUUGGGGCAUCUCUGGUGGGGCUGCUGCUGUUCUCCAAGCUUGUGCUGAAGCUGCCCUGGACCCAAGUAGGGUUCUCCCUGCUGUUCCUCUACCUGGGGUCCGGUGGCUGGCGCUUCGUCCGAGUCUUCAUCAAGACCAUCAGGCGUGAUAUCUUCGGCGGCAUAGUGCUCCUGAAGGUGAAGGUCAAGGUCCGACGCUACCUGCGGGAGCGGUGCACGGUGCCCAUCUUGUUCGCCUCCACAGUCCAGCGCCACCCGGACAAGACGGCCCUGAUCUUCGAGGGCACGGACACCCGCUGGACCUUCUGCCAGCUGGAUGACUACUCAAGCGGCGUGGCCAACUUCCUGCAGGCGCGGGGCCUGGCCUCGGGCGACGUGGUCGCCCUCUUCAUGGAGAACCGCAAUGAGUUUGUGGGCCUGUGGCUGGGCAUGGCCAAGCUGGGCGUGGAGGCGGCGCUCAUCAACACCAACCUCCGGCGAGACGCGCUGCGCCACUGCCUGACCUCCUCCCAGGCCCGGGCCCUCAUCUUUGGCAGCGAGAUGGCCCCAGCUGUCCUUGAGAUCUGUGCCAGCCUGGACCCCUCCGUGAGCCUCUUCUGCACCGGUCCCUGGGAGGCCAGCGCAGUGCCCACCGGCACGGAGCACCUGGACCCCCUGCUAGAAGAUGCCCCUAAGCACCUGCCCAGCCGCCCCAACAAGGGCUUUGUAGAUAAGCUCUUCUACAUCUACACGUCAGGCACCACAGGGCUGCCCAAAGCUGCCAUCGUGGUGCACAGCAGGUAUUACCGCAUGGCUGCCCUGGUGUACUACGGCUUCCGCAUGCGGCCCGACGACAUCGUCUACGACUGUCUCCCCCUCUACCACUCUGCAGGAAACAUCGUGGGAAUUGGGCAGUGCCUGCUCCAUGGCAUGACGGUGGUGAUCCGGAAGAAGUUCUCAGCUUCCCGCUUCUGGGACGAUUGUAUCAAAUACAACUGCACAAUCGUGCAGUACAUCGGCGAACUCUGCCGCUACCUCCUGAACCAGCCACCCCGGGAGGUGGAAAACCAGCACCGGGUGCGCAUGGCGCUCGGCAACGGCCUCCGGCAGUCCAUCUGGACCAACUUUUGUAGCCGCUUCCACAUCGCCCAGGUGGCUGAGUUUUACGGGGCCACUGAGUGCAACUGCAGCCUGGGCAACUUCGACGGCCAGGUGGGGGCCUGUGGAUUCAACAGCCGCAUCCUGGCUUUCGUGUACCCCAUCCGGCUGGUUCGCGUCAACGAGGACACCAUGGAGCUGAUCCGGGGGCCUGAUGGCAUUUGCCUUCCCUGCCAGCCAGGUGAGCCGGGCCAGCUGGUGGGCACCAUCAUCCAGCAGGACCCCCUGCGGCGCUUCGACGGCUACCUCAACCAGGGCGCCAACAACAAGAAGAUCGCCAAGGAUGUCUUCAAGAAGGGGGACCAGGCCUACCUCACCGGUGACGUGCUGGUAAUGGACGAGCUGGGCUACCUGUACUUCCGGGACCGCACGGGGGACACCUUCCGCUGGAAAGGCGAGAACGUGUCCACCACGGAGGUGGAGGGCGCGCUCAGCCGCCUGCUGGCCAUGGCCGACGUGGCCGUGUAUGGCGUCGAGGUGCCAGGAACUGAGGGCCGGGCCGGCAUGGCCGCUGUGGCCAGCCCCUCCAGCAGCUGUGACCUGGAGCGCUUAGCCCAGCUCCUGGAGAAGGAGCUGCCCCCGUACGCCCGCCCCAUCUUCCUGCGCUUCCUGCCUGAGCUGCACAAAACAGGGACCUUCAAGGUACAGAAGACAGACCUGCGGAAGGAGGGCUUUGACCCAACAGUUGUGAAAGACCCACUGUUCUACCUGGAUGUCCGGAAGGGCCGCUAUGUCCCUCUGGACCAAGAGGCCUACACUCGCAUCCAGGCAGGCGAGGAGAAGCUGUGAUUUGCCCCGAGUCCCUCUGAGGGCCACCGGAUGCUGGACCCAGAGCACCAGCUCCCACCCCAGAGGGCUCCUGGGCAAAGCCAGACCAAAGCAAGAAGGGCCUGGCCUCACAGCCCCGAGGUGCCGGCCCCCACCCCUCAAAACUGCCAAGGGACUCACUGCUGCCUCCCCCUCCCCGCGAGGCUUUCUGUGAAAGCCUCAUCUCCAUGUUGUGUCUUCAGGGGGCCUCUGGGCCCCAGGCUGAGACUGAGACUGGGCCCCUCAGGAUGAUGUCUUAGGGCAGGACAGGGGAGGUGGACGGUCACCAAGCACUCUCCAGAGAACAGGCAGCUUGUAGAUGGGACCAGGGCAGAAGCCCCCAGACUCAGGAAGCCAGCAGAGUGGGCGGGGGCAGGGGUGGCCAUUGAUCAGGUGCCCGAAUAGGAUCCAGGCCCUGGAGCCACUCAAGCGUCCUCAGCCCUGCCGGUGCCUGCCUGUAGCAGGCGGCCUGGACGGGGCACCCCUCUCAUCCUCCUCUCUGGGUGCCUGCCUGGCUGUCCCUCAGGCGGGGCCUUUCCGUCUUUGUGGGUCUGUCCUUGUCACCUCCUCCAUCUCCGUCCUGGCCUGGCUAUGAAAGGAGAAAGGGGUGGGGGGCACUCAGGGGCCAAUAAACUCUGCCUUCCUCCCCCUGCCUGUGUGCAUGCCACCUGAGCUCACCCCAGCCUGCUCAGGCCCCAAGUCCUGCCCCAUUCACUCACUCCCUCCAUUCAUUCGUUCAUUUGGACU